GGAGCUGAUAAACCACGCAGUAGGGUUUUAGCUUUUGUAAUUAGAAGGCUAAAGAGUCUUCAGGACUGAGCCAUCCCCGUCUCAGAUUUCACCUUGGGGCAUUUCCCGUUCCCGCCCUUUUUAUUCACCGUUUCUCUUCUGCAAUUCUCCGCGCUUCGGUCAUUGCACUUCUCGAGCUCUUAGGGUUUCACAGUUGCAGGCCAGUAUGGUCUCCCCAAAGCAGCUCCUCUCCAUUAUCGAAUCGGCUCUUCUCGGCCCUUCACCUCCCUCCCCCACACAAAGGAUUGAGCUCCUGCACGCCAUUCGUAGCUCUUUCUCUUCUCUCCAGUCUCUUAUCUCCUACCCCCCGCCGAAACCAUCGGACCGUUCUCAAGUUCAGUCAAAAGAAGUGAGACUUCCAGAUUCCUCGCCAGUAUCGCUAGACGAUCAAGAUGUGCAGAUUGCUCUACGACUGAGUGAUGAUCUCUACCUCAAUGAAAUAGACUGUGUUCGACUGCUUGUGUCUGCUAAUCAGGAGUGGGGCUUGAUGGGCCGGGAGCCAUUAGAAAUAUUGCGACUUGCAGCAGGACUUUGGUAUACAGAGAGAAGAGAUUUAAUAGCAGCACUAUAUACAUUAUUACGGGCUGUUGUGCUUGACCAGGGGCUUGAAGCUGAUCUUGUGGCUGACAUUCAAAAAUAUUUGGAAGAUCUUAUCAGUUCUGGGCUUAGACAACGAUUUAUUAAUCUUAUAAAGGAACUCAAUCGGGAAGAACCAGCUGGUUUGGGUGGGCCUCAUUCUGAACAUUAUGUUCUUGAUUCCAAAGGUGCACUUGUGGAACGACGGGCUGUUGUUUGUCGUGAAAGACUCAUCCUUGCUCAUUGUCUUGUUCUUUCUGUUCUGGUUGUGCGGACAAGUCCCAAAGAUGUGAAGGAUGUGUUUUUUGCUUUAAAGGAUAGUGCUACUGAACUUAAUAAUAGCAGUGACACCCUAAAAGAUCAGAUUACAUUUAGCCUUCUUUUUGCGCUCAUAAUCGCUUUUGUAUCAGAUGCUUUGGGUGCAUUACCUGAUAGAACAUCCAUCCUUUCCCGUGAUAGCUCCUUUAGACGUGAAUUCCAGGAUAUUGUGAUGGCUGUGGGAAACGAUUCAGUUGUUGAGGGCUUUGUUGACGGUGUGAGACUUGCUUGGGCUGUACAUUUGAUGUUAAUACAAGAUGGGAUUGCUGCAAGGGAAACAGUUUCAAGCACUUCAUCAAAUGAUUUGGGGAGCAUUUAUUCGUGCUUGGAAGUCAUUUUCUCGCAUGGUGUUUUUCAGUUUUUGCUGGACAGAGUACUUAGAACUGCUGCCUACCAGAAUGAUGAUGAGGAUAUGAUCUAUAUGUACAAUGCAUAUUUACACAAGCUUAUUACAUGCUUCCUAUCACAUCCAACUGCUAGAGACAAGGUAAAAGAAAUGAAGGAGAAGGCUAUGACUGCCCUUAGUCCAUAUCGUAUUGCUGGAUCGCAUGAUUUCAUGCAUGACAGUAGGUUGGACUCUCAACAGGCCACUGAAGGGGGGCCUCAACCAUUUGUCUCUCUCCUGGAGUUUGUUAGUGAAAUUUAUGAGAAGGAACCAGAACUGUUAUCUGGCAAUGACGUCUUGUGGACAUUUGUGAAUUUUGCUGGAGAGGAUCACACUAAUUUUCAAACCCUAGUUGCAUUCUUGAAAAUGCUGGGUACCUUGGCUUCUAGCGAAGAGGGCGCUUCAAAAGUUUUUGAGCUACUUCAGGGCAAAACGUUCCGGUCUGUUGGAUGGAACACUUUGUUUGAUUGCUUAUCAAUUUAUGAAGAGAAGUUCAAACAAUCCCUUCAAAGCACGGGGACCAUGUUGCCCGAUUUUCAGGAGGGGGACGCAAAAGCACUUGUUGCAUAUUUGAAUGUUCUUCAGAAGGUGGUGGAAAAUGGGAAUCCUAUUGAAAGGAAGAACUGGUUUUCUGAUAUUGAGCCGUUAUUCAAACUCCUUAGUUAUGAAAAUGUCCCUCCUUAUUUGAAGGGUGCCUUGAGGAAUACCAUAAAUACUUUUGUUCAAGUCUCUCCUGCAUUAAAAGAUACUAUAUGGAGUUACCUUGAGCAGUACGAUCUACCUGUAGUUGUUGGGCCUCAGGUUGGGAACGGUGCACAACCUAUGGUGGUGCAGGUUUACGAUAUGCGGUUUGAGUUGAAUGAAAUAGAAGCAAGAAGAGAGCAGUACCCUUCAACAAUAUCAUUCAUUAACCUGUUAAAUACUCUUAUUGCUGAAGAAAGGGAUGUAAGCGAUAGAGGGCGUAGAUUUAUUGGGAUCUUUAGGUUUAUAUAUGAUCAUGUUUUUGGGCCAUUCCCUCAAAGAGCCUAUGCAGAUCCUUGUGAGAAAUGGCAGUUGGCUGUUGCUUGUCUUCAACAUUUUCAAAUGAUACUGAGCAUGUAUGAUAUUAAGGAUGAGGACGUUGGCAGUGUUCUUGAUCGAUCCCAAGUUUCAACUGUGCCACAAUCAACUCCUCUUGAAAUGCAGCUCCCUGUUAUAGAGUUGCUGAAAGAUUUCAUGAGUGGUAAAACAGUUUUUCGAAAUAUCAUGGGUAUUCUUUCACCUGGGGUGAAUUCUGUUAUUACUGAGCGCACAAGUCAAAUCUAUGGACAACAUCUCGAGAAGGCUGUGCUACUUUCUUUGGAAAUUAUAAUCCUUGUUUUGGAGAAAGAUAUAGUCCUUUCUGACUUCUGGCGCCCUCUAUAUGAGCCAUUGGAUAUUAUACUAGCUCAAGAUCGUAACCAAAUUGUAUCUUUGUUGGAGUAUGUCAGAUAUGAUUUUCGACCACAGAUUCAACAAUGUUCUAUCAAAAUAAUGAGCAUUCUAAGUUCUCGAAUGGUUGGGUUGGUACAACUAUUGCUAAAAUCCAGCGCUGCUAACUCUUUGAUGGAGGAUUAUGCAGCCUGCCUUGAGCUACGAUCAGAAGAGUGUCAGAUUAUUGAGAACAGCAACGAUGAUCCUGGUGUUCUUAUAAUGCAGCUUCUUAUCGACAACAUUAGUCGUCCAGCUCCAAAUGUUACACAUUUACUGCUUAAGUUUGAUGUUGACACCCGCGUCGAACGAACAUUAUUACAACCAAAAUUUCAUUACAGUUGUUUGAAGGUUAUUCUUGAUAUCCUGGGAAAGCUUUCAAAACCAGAUGCUAAUGCAUUGCUUCAUGAAUUUGGUUUUCAGCUACUCUAUGAAUUAUGUCUGGAUCCACUAACAUGCGGUCCUACCAUGGAUCUUUUAAGUAAUAGGAAGUAUCAAUUCUAUGUUAAGCACCUUGAUACAAUUGGUGUGGCUCCACUUCCUAAAAGAAACAACAACCAGGCGCUACGCAUCAGUUCCCUCCAUCAGCGAGCAUGGCUUUUGAAGCUUUUGGCAGUGGAAUUGCACAUUGGAGAUAUGACUAGUUCCACUCACCGGGAAGCAUGUCAGAGUAUUCUUGCUCAUAUUUUUGGUCUUGAUCUUUCUGAACAUGGAACUGAUCCUAGUGCAUCCCAUUCUUUCACUAUUCCAAUCAGUGCUGCAAAUGCUGGAACCUGGAGUCUCAGCAAAAGUAAGGUGUUGGAGUUGCUUGAGGUUGUCCAGUUUAGAUCUCCUGAUACUGCUAUGAAGUUUUCUGAAGUUGUCUCCAAUAUGAAAUACAAUGUGCUGGCAGAAGAUGUACUUAGGAAUCCAGCAGCAUCAGGAAAGGGUGGUAUCUACUAUUAUUCAGAGCGUGGUGAUCGUUUGAUUGAUCUCAGUUCAUUAAGAGACAAGCUUUGGCAGCAAUGUAAUUUCCUUAAUCCCCAGUUGAGCUCCUUAGGCAGUGAAGCAGACUUAAAUGAUGUAAGAGAGACCAUUCAACAACUUUUGAGGUGGGGAUGGAAAUACAAUAAGAAUCUUGAGGAGCAAGCUGCUCAACUUCAUAUGUUAACUGGCUGGUCUCAGAUUGUUGAAGUUUCAGCUUCCAGAAGAAUAUCAUCUCUUGAAAAUCGAUCUGAAAUUUUGUUCCAGUUACUUGAUUCCUCUCUGACUGCUUCUGCUUCUCCUGAUUGUUCAUUAAAAAUGGCCUUAAUAUUGAGUCAGGUUGCGUUAACUUGCAUGGCCAAACUGCGAGAUGAAAGAUUUCUUUGUCCUGGCAGUUUAAACUCUGACAGUGUGACAUGUCUUGACGUGAUAAUGGUAAAACAAUUAUCAAAUGGUGCUUGUCAUUCCAUAUUGCUUAAGCUAGUCAUGGCAAUUCUGAGACACGAAUCAUCAGAAACCUUGAGGAGACGCCAAUAUGCCUUGCUUCUGAGCUACUUCCAAUAUUGUCAGCAUAUGCUUAAUUUAGAUGUUCCAAUAGGCGUCCUGCAGUCCUUGUUGCUUGAUGAGCAAGAUGGUGAAGAUAUAGAUCUCCAAAAGAUUGAUAAAGAGCAGGCAGAACUUGCACAGUCCAAUUUUGCUAUUCUAAGAAAAGAGGCUCAAUCCAUCCUUGACUUGGUGAUAAAGGAUGCAACUCAGGGCAGUGAAUCUGGAAAGACCAUGUCGCUCUAUGUCCUCGAUACUUUAGUUAGUAUUGAUCAAGAGAGGUUUUUUUUGAGCCAACUCCAAAGCAGAGGAUUUUUAAGGUCUUGCCUUGUGAGCAUCAGCAAUAUAUCCUUUCUGGAUGGGGGGCGUUCAGUAGACUCCUUGCAGCGUGCAUGUACUCUCGAGGCUGAACUGGCCUUAAUGUUGAGAAUUAGUCACAAAUAUGGGAAAUCAGGGGCCCAGGUUCUGUUUUCUAUGGGCGCUUUGGAGCAUAUUGCUUCAUGCAGGGCUGUCAAUUUUCAGGGAAGCUUGAGGCAGGUUGACACUAAGCUUCGAAGAGAUAAAGCUGUGGAUAUUGAUAAAUGGCGACUGAUCAUAGUUCCUAUGCUGAGAUUGGUGUUCUCUCUGACUUCCUUGGUUGAUACAUCUGAUUUCUUUGAGGUGAGGAAUAAAAUUGUUCGUGAAGUUAUAGAUUUUGUCAAAGGUCACCAGUUCCUCUUUGAUCAAGUUCUUCAGGAAGAUGUUCAAGAAGCUGAUGAAUUGACAAUGGAGCAAAUCAAUCUUGUUGUUGGUAUUCUUACCAAGGUUUGGCCAUAUGAAGAAAUCCAUGAGUUUGGUUUUGUUCAAGGGCUUUUUGCUAUGAUGUGUGCCCUUUUCUCUCAUGAUUUGGAGUCCCUUUCUUUUUCCCAAUCAGUACAAUCACUUCAGAACCGAAGGAAGUUGGAAUUGGAAGCAUUUCGGCUUUGCUUUAGCCUGAGUUCUUAUCUGUAUUUUCUAGUUACAAGGAAACGUAUGAGUCUUCAGGUUUCAGAUGAUUCCCAUGCUCGUGUCAGACUGCAGCAACCAACUUUGACUCUGCUUGGUCGUUUUCUCAAUACCGUGACAGCUGCCCUUGAAAGAGCUGUGGAGGAAAAAUCCUUACUGCUAAACAAGAUUCAAGACAUAAAUGAACUAUCAAGACAGGAGGUGGAUGAAAUUAUCAAUAUGUGUGAUCAGCGAGAUUGUGUGUCUUCAUCUGACAAUAUUCAGAAGAGGAGGUAUAUUGCAAUGGUGGAAAUGUGCCAGGUUGCUGGCAAUAGGGAUCAGCUGAUUACCUUAUUGCUUCCACUCGCAGAGCAUGUCCUGAAUGUUAUAUUUAUCCACUUCCAGGAUGGCUCUAUUAUAUCUGAGACAAGUGAAACUGAGAAACUGAUCACCUAUGGCACGAAGACCGACCUUGAACAGGAAAUAUCGUCGUUCUGUGGCAAUAUGAUUUCAACUCUAGAGCGACUUGAAUUGCUGAGUGAGGACAAAAUGAGGUGCAAUCUGAAGGUUUUUGGCAGAUUAGUGAGUUCGCUGAAGGAAAUGAUGAUUCAGAAAUGUGCUAUUUGAGAGUUGAUGGUCUAUUUAUGGAGCGGUGGAAUGCUUUCAUCACAGCAUCCUAGUGAUUUUUGUGUUCGUUUCUCCCUCGUGGUUUUAAAGCUCUACUGCUGUCAAUACUGAAUGUAUAAUGUGUUGUAUCUAAUCCAAUCAUUUGGUUCAGUGCAAAUGAUAGAAGAGGGAAAAUUAAUAAACUCAUUUCCAUUUGUUCUCUUUA